CUUUUCUUUCUGCUGCGAAUCAUUCCGCCACAAGCGGACGAGCCUGUGCUGGCCUUGCGGAAGCCCAGCCGGGGCCUCAGAAUUUGGAUGAGAUCGUGUGAGACCAUCCACCCGAGGAAGCCAGCAAAGUGGCUAGAACCCGCCAUACGCCUGCAGAAUCACAAUUGCUGUUCUAAGCCACUACGUUUCAGGUGACUUGUUGAGCAGCAAACAAGAGCUGACGAACCUGAAGUCAGAAAAUGCUAGCGGAAGAAACAGGACCCAGAACUCCAUUGGAAAAUGGGGUAUACAGACUUCGAGGAUGCCAGACAAAGAGAUCAUUUGAAAUAUUGUUGUCACUAAGCCUUCUUUGAUCAAGACACCAUGAGCUCAUGCACACAUGGAGGAGAAUUGCUUCUCCUGACUGACAGUCAAGGAAGAACCUGGAAAUGCUCAGUGCUUUCAGAUUUUGACUAAAGACUACAACAUCAACUUUUUACUGAAUUUGCAGUCAGAUGGCCUGUUCUACAAAUUUCAGACUCGCCAGACCCUAUAAUCACGACCUGGUUCUCUGAAGACAGUGUCUGCAGUGAAGCUGAGUCCUCUCUCUCCCAGGCCCUAGUGUCUACCUCUAAUUUAUUCCUGAUGAAUGACAGCAAGUUCACAGUCUCAGGUGUGAAAGGAGGGACCUGGUGAGCGGUGAUUAGAUCAUGCAGGUUGGUGAGAGGUGAUUGGAUCAUGGAGGUGGUUUCCCGAACAAUCUGUUCUCGUGACAGCCGCUCUGGUACCGUUUAUUUAAACUAUGCAACCAUCUGGCCCAGGUGCCCUAGAGAUUGAUUAGCAGCACAAGGCCACCACAAGCACAACCGCCACCCGGCCAUCCCAGCUAUUUCCUGCAGCAUUCUAGACAUCAUGGCGUCCGAGGGUGGGUCCAACCGGCUUCGCGUGUUCGGGAGAUAAUGCACUCUUCGCAGUGGAAUCUUCUCGGGGCCUCGAGCGUUGCCCGCCCAUUAGGUGGCGCCGGGUCCCUCGAGCAGGUCGCUCAACAACUCCCGCCCAGCAGCCGCCCUUACUGCGCGCGCGCAGACCCCGGCGUCUACUUCCGGUGUGGCCCAGGCCGGGUCCGCAGAACCAGCUAUGUCGGCCUACGGCAUGCCCAUGUACAAGAGCGGGGACCUGGUGUUUGCCAAGUUAAAGGGCUAUGCCCACUGGCCGGCGCGGAUAGAGCACAUGACCCAGCCCAACCGCUACCAGGUGUUUUUCUUCGGGACCCACGAGACGGCCUUCCUGAGUCCCAAACGCCUGUUCCCGUACAAGGAGUGCAAGGAGAAGUUCGGCAAGCCCAACAAGAGGCGCGGCUUCAGCGAGGGGCUGUGGGAGAUCGAGAACAACCCCACAGUCCAGGCCGCCGACUGCCCAUUAGCCUUGGAGAAGGGCGGCGGAGACGGGCCCUGGCCGGAGCUUGAGGCCGCGGAGGGCGACGCGGACAAGCCGACUCACGCUGAUGGCGGCGGCGACGACGUGGGGAAGCCGCACGACGACAAGCCCGCUGAGGAGGAGAAGGAGGAGAAGGAGGAGAAGGGGCCGCUGAAGAGGAGCGCGGGGGACCCGCCGGAGGACGCCCCCAAACGACCCAAGGAAGCAGCCCCCGACCAAGAGGAGAAGGAGGAGAAGGAGGAGGCGGAGGAGGCGGAGGAGGCGGAGGCGGCGGCGGCGGCCUUCGACGAGGAGAGUCCGCUCCUCGUGGCGGUGGAGAACGGCAGCGCCCCUAGCGAGCCCGGCCUGGCCUGCGAGCCGCCUCAGCCAGAGGAGGAGGAGCUCCGGGAGGAAGAAGUUGCCGACGAGGAGGCCUCCCAGGAGUGGCAUGCCGAGGCACCGGGCAGCGGAGAUCGCGACAGCGUGUAGUUACCAGCGUUUCCAGAAGAGCCCCUGCCCUGUUCCUGCUGCGGCCCGGUUGUUCUUGGGGAAUCUGGCCAUGGCCUGCAAACUGGGACUGCCUUUCCCCCUCCCCAGCCCGUCCUCCUCCAACCUACACUCCCUUGCCCUGCCCGGCCCCUGGAUGGCAGAUCACCUGACUCUCACCUCUGUGCCCCCACGCCUCUGUGAUCUGAGUCAGGGCCUCAGUUCCCUCCCUGGGGUAAAGUGAGGCCACCAU